CUGACCCGGCGUAUACGUAUACGUAACAGCAUUUUUCAUUCGUUGGAUUUUCUUUUCUUUUCUGAAGCAUUUCCGGCGCAGCACGGGCAGCGCCAGAGCCGGGCUCUGUCUCGGAAAAUCAGUUUCGUUACGCUUUCCACACGAAACGGACGCGUGUUGCGGCUGGCCUGGGGCGCCACAAAAUCAAAAUAAUAACGUAAAAUCUCACGUAAUGUCGCAGGGAAAAGUAUCGGUAGUAGUACUAUAUUUGCCGGGAAAUUCGGGAGUGAAGUGUGAAAGCCACAAAAAUUGCAAAAGCAAAUUUGGCCAAAGGGCAAUGGAAAAGAAAAACUCUGAUAACAAAACCGUGUGAAAAACGCUCGAGAAAAGAAAAACAUUGUAUCAUAAAAUCAUAAAACAAAACCCGAGGCCAAAGAGAGCAAAUAGUGGUGGAGGAGAGGCGCCGAUUCAGGAUUACAGAGAGGAGGAGGAUGCACUUUGGCCAGGAGACGAGGCCAUCAUUGGGGCUGCUCCUGGCGGUUGAGGUUGAGGUUGCGGUAGCGGUUGCUCUGGCUAAACGGUCGCUGAAGGCCAGAAGAACGGCAAGUUGAUGUUGCUGCCAUCUUGGCAUCUAAUUGGGGCCCUCCUCGUGCUCACGGCCACAGCGGGGGACGCCACCAACAACAAGAUCAUCUUGCCACAGAUACUGAACGGUGGUGGAGACGCCCCUGGCAAGCAUCCAUCCGGAGCCAAGACAGCGAACGGUGCCACAAAUGGCGGCGGAGGCGGGGCACUCGGUGUCGCCACAGGAACUGGCAAUACGGUGGUCGGAAGCAAUGGCGUGAUUGUUGCCGGUGGCGGUGUUGUGGCCAAUGGCCCAACCACGAAUUUAAACACUGUUGUCGAAGAACCCGAAUUUACUGAAUACAUCGAAAAUGUAACUGUACCUGCUGGACGUAAUGUUAAGCUCGGAUGCUCCGUUAAGAAUCUGGGAUCAUAUAAGGUAGCAUGGAUGCACUUUGAGCAGAGUGCUAUCCUUACCGUUCACAAUCACGUGAUCACGCGGAAUCCACGGAUCAGUGUCACGCACGACAAGCACGACAGGCAUCGCACGUGGUAUCUGCACAUCAACAAUGUCCACGAGGAGGACAAGGGACGCUACAUGUGCCAGAUCAAUACGGUGACGGCCAAAACGCAGUUCGGCUACCUAAAUGUUGUGGUUCCCCCCAACAUUGAUGAUUCUCUGAGCUCCAGCGAUGUGAUUGUCCGCGAGGGCGCCAAUAUUUCGCUGAGGUGUCGGGCGAGUGGUAGCCCGAGACCCAUUAUAAAAUGGAAACGGGACGAUAACUCCCGUAUAGCCAUCAAUAAGAAUCACAUAGUAAACGAAUGGGAGGGCGAUACUUUGGAGAUAACUCGCAUCUCCCGUUUGGAUAUGGGCGCCUACCUGUGCAUCGCCUCGAAUGGCGUGCCCCCAACGGUUUCCAAGCGCAUCAAAGUCAGUGUCGACUUCCCCCCAAUGCUGCUCAUUCCCCAUCAAUUGGUUGGCGCACCAGAAGGUUUCAAUGUCACCAUCGAAUGUUUUACGGAGGCGCAUCCCACAUCACUCAAUUAUUGGACACGCGGCGAGGGACCAAUCAUACACGAUUCGCACAAGUACAAAGUUGAAUCAAGUGUAGGCGUGCCUGCCUACAAGACCCACAUGAAGCUAACGAUCAUAAGUGUCAGCAGCGGCGAUGAUGGCAUCUACAAAUGUGUGGCCAAGAAUCCCAGAGGAGAGACAGAUGGCAUUAUCCGAUUGUAUGUCUCCUAUCCACCAACGACCGUAUCAUCGGGCACAACCGAUUCCCAUUGGGAGAGGGAAAAUGGCAUCAAUGGCAACAAUUACGCCUAUGGCGGAUCCGAUGGCCAACGCUCUAGUUAUGGCCAAGACAAAAAUACGAGAUAUCAAUCGAAUUUGAAUGAAAUCGGUUUAUCUGAACAAAAAUCCUUCCUAGAUAAGACCCAAAAUCCAUUGGCGGCCAAUGGAAAUGGCAAUGCAAAUGAUCCAGAGGAUUCCGAGGCCAACAGGGGAGCGAAUUCUUCCAAGGCCAUUGCGUGGAUGACGCUCCUCCUACCAAUAACAUUCUUGUUAACAAUCCGCCAGUCAGCGGUUGGUUCUACUAGCUCUAUCGUAAGUGUAAGUCUAUGAACCAAUGGUAUGGGACUAGAUCUAAGGCUUCAAACGUAAUGUUAGCAUAUAAAUGAGAAUACUAUAUUUAAUCGCAUAGAACCACUAGUGGAACCGAGACCCUAAUUACGAUCCGCCCUUUCCCCAUAUACUCGUAUGAGACACACAUCCAGGCAGACAGACAGAGAGAGAGAGAGCUUGUUAUAUGCAUAUGUAUAUCCAUCAAAUCACAAUCUAUACAAAUACUCUAUAUAUAUAAAUCUAUGUAUAGGAACAAGGGUAAAUGCAAUUUCAUUUUGCUUUCAAUGCUGUGCUUCAAAACUGAGAAAUCGUUUCACAUGAUUAUCGGAUCGUAUAAUGUAUCUAUCACACGAUCUCCAUCAUCGAUAUCUAUAUAUUAUAUUUGUGCGUUAAACGCUGAUCAAUACACAAGAAAAAACAAACACUCAUGAAUAUACAUACAACAGAUACGUAUGCCUUAAGGAUUGCAAAUGAAAUAUAUAUAUACAUACAUAUAUAGAUAUAUAGACCCACACACACAUAUCGAGCAUAGAAUAUGUUUAAGUAUAAAAUGCAGGUUAAUUUAAAUAUAUUUUGUAGUUUAAAGGCGGCCAAACAUUUUUGGGAAUUUAUUUUAAAGUUGAAAAUACCGGAAAAUACCAACAAAAAUACCAGAAUUUUUAUUUCAAUUUUCCAUAAACUAUUAAAAAUUCAAAAAAUACCAGAAAAAUACCAAAAACUUCCAAGCCCCCUAAAAACCGCAUUUAUUUCUAUAAUUUUUCCAAAGAAAUUUUUCUUAAAGAAACAGUAUUCGGAAAGAGAAGUGCUUUAGAACGAAACAGACCCGCACAGACCCUUCCAGUCUUCUUCCAGUCAGAAUUAAUAUCUGUUGCAUCAUCAGCGCCAGCAGAAAAAUACAAUAAUUUAAGUAGCUUGUAAGUAAAGGCUUAAUAUGUAAUGUAAAGAUUAAACCAGAUGUUAAACAUUUACAUAUGUAAGCUAAAAAUAUAAUAACAAACGAAUACUAAUGUGUUGCUUUAUAACUACAUUAACAAAUUAACAAACAAUGAAAUUAAAUGAAAUGAAACAAUGUUAAAUAAUGAGAAAUAUAUUUGGAAUCGAGUGAAGAAACACACACACGCAGACACAGUACAUAUAAUCGUAUAUAAAGCAUUAUAUACAGCCCCCCACACACACUUAUGUACGUAUGUAACAUGUAUUUAAGCAUAUAAAAUGAGUUGUAACUGAGGCAUUAAAUUAAAUAAAAAUCCCAAAAAAGACACACAACGAAAGCGAGUAGUACUAAAGCAGGAGAGUGGCAGGGGGUUGGGUAAGUAUUGGUAGUGGUAGCACGGC